GAUCGAAUUUCUGAGUUGAAAAUGUCAUUGAUCGAAACGAAGGACAAUUCGACUUUGACGAAAAAUGGUUUGGUAAGAAAGAGACGUGUUUUCAAGAUGCCGCUCAAAGAAAGGUUGGCCGGGAAAUUUCAGCUGCAGCAAGAGAUCCAUCCAUUACGUACCGCAUGUCAGCACGGAGAUUGUAAUAAGAACGUACCUCAACAACGUCGUCUGGAGAUAAACAAGGAAUUUUGGCAAAUGAAAUUCUCAGACAGGUAUACAUUUGGAGUGCAAACAAUCUCCCGUAAAGAUAUCAAACAACGUCGAAGAAACACAAGAGCCAUUAAAAACAACACGUUCCAAUACUUCUUGAAAGAUGAAAAUGGGGAAAUAAAGCGUGUGUGCCAAACAUUUUACUUGACAACGUUAGGCUUUUCAAAACGCAACGACAGUUUCAUCAAAACAGCGAUGGGUAACGCCAGAUACAAAAUACCAUUGCCCAGAUCGUCUAAACGUGGAAGUCAUGACAGACCGAAUCGAAAAGACUAUGAAUGUAUUGUUUCACACAUCAGAUCGUACAAUCCCAAUGUGUCACACCAUCGGCGGGAGCAUGCACCGAAAAAAAUAUACCUGCCUGAAAACCUAACCAUCACAUCAAUGCAUACACAUUUCCGAGAAGAAAAUCCUCACGUCCAGUGCUCUUACUAUCUCUACAGGCGCAUAGUAACCAACGAGUUAAACAUAUCGUUCACAAAAUUAGGGCACGAGCAAUGCGAAACCUGUGAGGAAUACGAUUUACACAAGAAGUGCAAUCCCACUUGUGAUACUUGCGACUUAUGUGUAGAGUUCCAGUUUCACAAAAAAAAAUACACGGAAUCAAGAGCAUUGUACGACAAACAGCGUCUACUAAAUACUGAAACAAAAUCGUUUUACUCGGCGGAUUUGGAAAAGGUGAUCAUGUUGCCGCGCCUAGAGAUGUUUAAAGAAGUAAUUUUUUCAUCACGGCUGUCAGCCUACAACCACACAUUCGCGCCACUUGGAGGAUAUCAGAACAAUCCUCGAACGUCAGAAGUUGUAGCCGUUAUUUGGCAUGAAGCGAUAUCUGGUAGAUGCAAAGAGGAUAUAACAAGCGCGUUUUACAAUUUUUUAAUUCAUAAGCGAACCGUGGAGGAACAUGUUUUGUGGCUCGACAAUUGUAGCAGCCAAAAUAAAAACUGGACGUUGUUCAGUUUCCUGGUUUACAUGAUCAAUUCAGAGUUAAUCGAAGCUACCAAAAUUCAAUUGAAUUACUUUGAGCCCGGACAUACUUUCAUGUCAGCAGACAGCUUCCACUUCCAGGUGGAAAAGUCAUUGACAGAAAUGAACAAAGUAUAUGAUUUCAACGAUUUCCAGACCGCUGUAUCAAAUGCUAAUUCGGGACAUGUAACUGUGAUACCAAUGGAGGCGGCUAAUUUCAUGAAAUGGCAAGAUUGUUCGUCUCGACCGAAAAGAACGUCUUCUCUGUACAUGCAUGAAAUGGUUCAAGUAACUGCGGAGAGAGGAAGCUUUACUUUGAAAUGCAAGAAGAGUUUCUCUUCGAUGGAAGAGAUCGACCUUGAUUUUCUCCAAAAAAAAUAUGCGAAAGGCGAAAUUCCAGCACCUCCGGCAGAGACUUCUGUUUGUGGCAUUCACGAAGAACGGAAAAAGAGCAUCCUCAAGCUAUGUUCCAUCUUUCCAACCGAAAAAAUGGAAUUCUGGCAAAACCUAGCUGUAAAUAAAGCGAGUUCGAAAUCGAUAGUUUCGGAUGGCUCUGUAACCCAACGUAAAAAAGUUCCCAGGCUAAGCCGUCAAACAGAAAACACUGUGAUUCAAAGCAAUUUAAAACCAAAGAGAGGUCAAUUUAAGAAAAAUACCGCACUAGUCAAGCAAGUAACGACCACAAAUUAUUUGCCUACGAAAAAUCAAGAAACGAAAAAAAAAUAUCCGAAAACGAGAAUUCUUGGUGGAACUUCUUCUACCCAAAGCAAAAAAAAUCCACGGCGAGGACGUCAAGCUGAAGAGGCUGGCAAUACCGAAAAAUCGAAAGGAGUUCAAUACAAGACUAUGAAUGUGUCAACAGAAGCAAGGCUGUGAACAACCAAAAACUGGCUCCGAAGACCAAAGAAACAACGACUAAAAAACCAACCACCAAAGAGCCGAUCACCAAAAAACCAACCACCAAAGAACCAGUCA